UCGGGGGGCGUGUCGCAUCGUGCGGACGUGCAGCGGCUUUUCCUCUUUAAAAUGGCUGAAAAAUAAUCCGAAAAUUAUCAGAAUAAAGAAACGGAAAGCAGCAGAAAGCUUUCCCGCCAGCAGCUGGGCGAUGUAACGAAGUACAUGUACUCCAGUACUGUACUUCUGUCCAAAUGCUAAGGCGCUCGGUGGAGGUGCUGGGGCCGCGGCCCAUGAUGCCCGUGGACAUGGCGGUGAGGAUCUGCCUGGCCAGCUCGCCUCCGCUGCGCUCCUUCCUCGGUAACUAUGACAACGGCUUCUCCCUGCCGGUGGAGUGCAGCGGUGGCACGGCGUGGCUGCAGAAGGAGGAGAAGAAGAAGAAGAAGAAGAAGAGCGUGGUGUUUGCAGACGCUCGCGGUCUGGCGCUCGCCGCCGUUCACGUGUUUGACGAGGCGGAGGACGAGGCGCUCGCCGAGCUGCAGUUCACCCUGACGGAGAUAGAGGGCGCCACUGUCUCCGGGCUGCACCACGGAGACAGUGACGACGCUGCAGCCUGUCGUCCAGGCCUGGUUCUGGUUCUGGACUUCGAGCCGCCGGCUGCUGACUACCUGGACCUGAGGAACCGGCUCCGGGCCCAGCGUGUCUGUCUGGAGACCUGUUCGGUCCACCAGCGUUUGCUUUCCGGUACAGUUCAGGUCCAGAACUUAUGCUUCCACAAGUCUGUCUCGGUCCGGAUCACCUUCGACUCGUGGCGGUCCUUCCAGGACGUUUCCUGUCGGUACCUGAACACGGCGUACGGCGGCCCGGACAUAGAAACCUUCGCCUUCUCCGUGCCGGUACCGGAGGUCCUGGAUCCGUCCGACAGAGUGGAGUUCUGCAUUCAGUACCAGACUCAGGACCAAACCUUCUGGGACAACAACCAGGGGAAGAACUACCGGCUGGCGGACCCAAACGCCGGCCAGCCCCGGAGCGCCGAGAGUCCUGUCGGGCUGCAGGUCCACAGAGACAACAGGGGAGAGAAGAGGGAGCAGAUUAUUGAGUGUGAUCCGUUCGGGAGUCCCCGGACAUCUGCAGGGAUCUUCCCUGAGUGGCAGAGCUGGGGUCGUGUGGAGACCAGCGCCCCCUACUGGUGAGGCACCACAGGACAGGUUUUAAUGUUGGCAAUCACUGAGAGUUUGGUCCCAGGAUCCUCAGAGCACUGAAACGCCAUGUUAUACCCAGGUUAUUCCCAGGUUAUACCCGGGUUAUACCCGGGUUAUACCCAGGUUAUACCCAGGUGUGUGUGUAGGAGUCGCUCCAGAUUUCAAGCUUUCACUUUCACUCAGGACAGAAGUGUUAAUGUCCGCAUGGAGUGGAAGGACUCUUGAUAAGAGAUGUUCUGAUACCAUUUUAUCCUUUCUUAUGUGAUCCAAAACCUGGACUUGUGUAUUUGCUGAUACCGAGUACCGAUCUGAUACCAAUGUGUUAUUAUGUUUUACUAGCUGUUACUACUAUCCUUAAAGUCUUUGUGAAACAUGAACGAACACACACAGUGAAUGUCACAGAACUUGUUAUGCAGUUUGACAGCGAGUCAUAACGGAAAGAGAACAUAAAUAAACUUCUUUAAGUAGUUUUUCUGGGCUAAAUGACGUGGUAUCAGAUCGGUGCGUAAUCUCGAGUUCUUGCCGAUACCCACACCAGCAUUUUAGGCAGAAUUGGAGGCUUUUUGCCAUAUCGGAACAUCUCUAGUUUGGAGGGUCCACUACAGAUUUCAGUAGAGCCACUUUAGCUUCCCUGACAUGAAGGAAGGACUUUGGAUAACAGACAGUUCAGGAAGUCAGAAUGACUCGGCACAGCACUGGCCUAAAUAUUGCACAUGUGUUUAUUACUCGCCUCAAACUUGGAAGGAAUGAAGCACCAGAAUCUGCCAGAACCAUCGCAUCUGAUCAGAUCUGCAGCCCAACAGACCAAAGCUCGCUGCCCUAAUAGAACCAGUUCGGGUUCACAUCCGGUCCUCGUUUGCCCGAACAAAGUGUGCCAACACUCGGCUGCAUACCUGGCAUGGCCUCAUGAGAAAUAUUUAAAACGUUUACGAAGGGAUUUGCUGUUGCUUUGUCACAUUUUCAAGUAUGCAAGUCUGACAUUGAACUGUUAGAUAUUCACAAGAGAACCAGGAGUCAGUCUUUGUAAAAGCAUCCCAAGGAUCCACCAAGUGACCUGUAUACAGAUUCAGAAGUGCUUUCUUAAAACCUCCCCAAAGAUCCAUGAUCAAGGUAUUACAGGUGUUUCAAAAAGACUGAAUGCAUUACUGAGUGCUUUGUACGAAGCAUCCAAAGGAUGAAUUAAACAUUGCAAGAUGACCGAGUGCUCAACAACACAAGGGAGGAUUUAUGGGCUUUCCUGUCGAAGGAUGUGACUUGUUCCAGACCUCUCUUCAAUCCUCAUUUCAGCUAAUUCAUGACUCUUGACAGAAACCUUUCAGGCUGUUUAAGUCCUGAAACAGCUGUCAGAGAAGACCAGCAGACUUAUUAGGCUUUAAGUCUAAAACACCAGCAUGAAACCCGGUUAAGGCUAGAUGGGAUACAGCUACGGCCACGAGUUUAGGCACAAACGACCUGUUAAGUUUGGGUUAAAACGGGUUUUCCCUGGGUGAAAGUAUUAUUAUUAUUAUUAUUAUUAUUAUUAUUAUUAUU